GACGUUUGGACAUUCCUUUUCCAUUGUCAACACUUCAAAUCAUCUUACUGACAGGUGCAGUUCUAUUCGAAUUCUACUUGGUCACUUCUUCCGCGUGAGUGUUCUUCGAUAUAAACAGCCUCGAAACACAACAUGGAAGAAAUCGUCCCGCUCAAAGAAGAGGAUCUCUUCCCCUGUCCUCUCUAUGACCGUAGGUGGUUUCAGAUUCUCCGCCUGGUCGCGAUUCCACUCGUACUGUACUUGUGUGAUAUAAUCACAGACGUACUGCUGGCGGUUCAGUACUAUAACAGCGGGGACACUGUCUGGUCCUCCUGGACUUUAGGACUUGUCGUCUUGUCCCUCAUUAUCACCAACGUUUCCUCAGCAUGGCUCAACAGGAACGAAGCUAAGAACAAGCCUGCUAUGAUCAGGCGUGGCUGGUGUGUGUUGUACCUCCUACAGCUGGGUAUAUUCCUGGAGUACGGGGACUUGUUUGUGAAGGUGUGGAGGAGGCAGUUUAUCCGAGUUCGCGGAGUAUCCGUGUUGAAGAACAUGUACAAUCUUCCCAUUCUACACAUGAUGGGCGCCAUGUUGGAGAGCGUACCUCAGCUGUGUCUACAGAUCUGCAUCCUCGCCAGCACUGGGCAGCAGGUGAGCAUCCUGACGAAGGUCACCUUGGCGCUGUCGCUGCUGUCUGCUGUCAAGGCAGCUGUCGUGCUGCUGUACUACACGUCGUCCCUCAUGGUGGAGAAGCUGACAGGCGGACUGGUAGCCAGAGUGGUGUUGAUCGUCAUUUGGAAGCUGAUAGAAAUCAGCGCCCGCACUCUUGCCAUUGGACUGUUCGCAUCCACCUUCAGUGAAUGGGUACUAGUUCCCAUCGGUGUUCAAUGGCUAACCAUGAUGUUUGUGACAUUCUGCACAGAUGAAGAGGACCAAGGGUGCGUGGAGGUGUUCUUCAGCGGCCUAGCCAUGGCGUUAGACACGGCCACGACGGUAAAGACCCUGGAUCACAAGCGGAGGUUCUGGUUGAACUCCGUGCUGACUCUGAUCGGGAACGUGGCCAUGGCGUCGGUGUGGGUGUCUCAGCGGGCCGGGAAGGACUGGUUCGACAUGCCGGCCCUGGUGUACGUGGUGCUCGGGUCGGUGAUGGGGGCGGUGAUCGGGGUGGUGGAGAUGGUGAUACGGGGAGAGAUCACGUGCUGUUCCGACGACACAGAGGACUAUGAAACGGCCAACGCCAUAACGGCGAAACAGGAGCAAGAUGAUGCGGAGAAUCCGUCAGAUGAAGAAGAAGAGGAUUCAGUGUGAAACAUUAUA